GUUCAACCCAUCACGUUCCUCGGACAGAGAAAACAGCACUGCGCGAGUUAAAUCCUAAAAUCCCCAUUGGAGAUCCAGAAUUUAGCAUCCUUUCUAUAACUUGACGUUCCAGGUCUCAAUCGAAAAAGGCAUGCUCAAUAAUAUACUUAAUAUACUGGAAAGAUGGCGUCCCCGCAGAGAUAAAAAGAUGACUGAACCAUGCUUUCCUCAAGAGAUCUUCGAUGCUAUUAUCGACCAAUUAAAGGACGACACCGACACUUUGAAGGAAAUCUCCCUCGCAUCAACGAUCCUGUCUCCAAGGACCCGCGUUCAUCUAUUCUCUUCCGCCAACCUAGCCAGCAAAACAGACUGCGCACGCCUUCGAAAACUAAUCACCCAAUCUCCACACCUUGCACGCUACUUCACCUCACUCACCUUCGAAUUCCACUCUCGGUCCGUUGCGAGAUCGCUUCCCGCCAAAAUUCUCCGCAAACUCGUCAACCUAAGAGAGCUAACACUCACCUUGGGUGAUUUCUCCAACCUCCGCCCUUCUGUCAUCUCUGCCCUUGGAGCUCGUUCAUACACAUCUCUCGCGUUGAUCCUCAUAGAUUUUGACUCAGUCACAGACAUCUGCUCUCUGACGCACAACUCACCUUCUCUCAAAACUAUGCACAUCGUAGCUCCGCGUUUUUUUGGUCCCGACGUUCCUUGCGAUCAUGAGGAUGUUGUCCCUUCUCCGACCUCCCUGAGUAUCACUGACACCGAGAGCGACGCUGGAACCAUUUUAGGAUCAAUCCUCUCACCGCGUCAGUGCCCCAUCUCCAUGGAAAGAAUCGAUACUUUGCUUAUCCUGAUUUCCCACACCAACCCUGCCCUCAUCGAACAACUCAACCAUUUCCUGGAUGAAAUGCGCGUCGAGCGGGCUUUGACUUCCUUCCAUGUCACCCAUACAAGCACAGGUACUCAUAACAUUUGUCGUCUUUCGGAUUCUGACAAUCAGCGUAGUACCUCCAACUCUGACACUUCACAUUUCCCACGUCAGCACCCUUAUGAUCGACAUAUCCGCGUAUCGCAAUAGCGACGAGCCAAAAUCCAUCAUAGGCUGGUGGAUAACAGCCCUCCGCGAUAUCGAAGCUGACUGUGCUCUCGAAGUCGUACGCCUGAAGAUAGAUGUCAAGAAUAUGCCGUCACUCUCCACACCUGACUACGGGGACCUGUGGAAGCAGAUGAACGAGGCCCUUCAUGGAAUACCUUCCCUAAAGACCGUAGACCUCGCGUUCUAUAAUAUGUCGCCAGAGUGGCCUUGGGAUGAGGCAGAGGCGCGAAUGAUAGAAGGCUUUAAGAUGAGGGAUCCUCAGCGGGAGCUCAAUAUCCAUGUUACCACAUUCUCCUCGUCGGU